CUCUCCGCCACUCAACGAGCGAGUAAACCACCUUCACUCGAAAAGAGGAGAGAGAAAAAAUGGCGCUGCAACUUAUCUCACCUUCUCUUUCUCUCUAUUCUUCUUCUCACUCUAAAUUCUCUCUCUUCCAACUCCACACUUUCCGAUCAAUCUCCACCAUCCGAUUGCACUCGCGAAGCACCGGAUUCUCCUCCCGGAAGAUGAUCAAUACGGUGCCGUUUUGCAUGAAGGUGGAAGAGGGCGAGACGAAGGUUCUAGACGAGUGGAGAGAGAAAGAAUGGGGGAAAGUUUCUGCAGUGUUGUUUGACAUGGAUGGCGUGCUUUGCAACAGUGAAGAACCUUCUAGAAGAGCUGGCGUUGAUGUUUUUGCUGAAAUGGGCGUUGAUGUUACUGUUGAUGAUUUUGUCCCUUUUAUGGGAACCGGGGAAGCAAACUUCUUGGGAGGAGUUGCAUCAGUGAAAGGAGUCAAAGGAUUUGAUACUGAUGUUGCCAAAAAAAGGUUCUUUGAAAUUUAUCUAGAAAAGUACGCAAAGCCAAAUUCUGGAAUCGGAUUCCCAGGUGCUUUUGAACUUAUCACUCAGUGCAAAGCCAAGGGCCUCAAAGUUGCUGUUGCAUCCAGUGCUGAUCGUAUAAAAGUGGAUGCAAAUCUAGCUGCUGCUGGGUUGUCAAUUCAACUGUUUGAUGCUAUUGUGUCUGCGGAUGCAUUUGAGAAGCUAAAGCCUGCUCCUGAUAUUUUUUUAUCUGCAUCAAACAUACUGAACGUGCCACCAAGUGAGUGCAUUGUGAUUGAAGAUGCACUUGCAGGAUUACAAGCAGCAAAUGCUGCCAAAAUGAGAUGCAUAGUUGUGACAACUACAUUAUCUGAAGAGAUUCUUGCAACUGAAGCUCCAUCACUUAUCAGGAAGGAUAUAGGGAACAUUACUCUUGAUGAUAUUAUCAGUGGUGGAUCUAGCCUCCACAAUGAGAGGUUGCAGGCAUCUCAGUUUGGUAGUUCUGUACCACAAACUCCAGCAAUGUUAGAGGGAGAAGUGAGGAAUACCUUCUCAUCUGGAGGGUUGCAAGCUUCCAGGAGAAAUAUUCUCAGAUAUGGCAGUUUAGGGAUUGCUAUAUCUUGUUUCGCCUUUGCCAUCUCCAAUUGGAAGGCAAUGCAAUAUGCAUCACCCAAAGCUCUCUGGAAUCUAGCAUUUGGUGUGAACAACCCUACUCUUGGACAAAAUAAAGGUGAGUCACGAUCUGCCAGGGUACAACAGCUUGCGAGUUAUAUAUCUGACCUUGAAACAAGGGGAAAUGCUUCUGCUGUGCCUGAGUUUCCUUCUAGACUUGAUUGGCUAAAUACUUCACCCCUUCAGCUCCGCAGAGAUCUCAAAGGAAAAGUGGUAGUUUUGGAUUUCUGGACCUACUGCUGCAUAAAUUGUAUGCAUGUGCUGCCUGAUCUUGAGUUUUUGGAGAAGAAGUACAAAGAGAUGCCGUUCACUGUUAUUGGCGUUCAUUCAGCUAAAUUUGACAAUGAGAGAGACUUGGAAGCAAUUCGGAAUGCAGUUUUAAGAUAUGGAAUUACUCAUCCUGUAGUAAAUGAUGGAGACAUGUAUUUGUGGCGUGAGUUAGGGGUUAAUUCAUGGCCGACGUUUGCUAUUGUUGGACCCAAUGGUAGGCUUUUAGGGCAAAUAUCAGGAGAAGGUCGCCGAAAGGACCUUGAUGACAUUGUGGAGGCAGCGCUUCUUUUCUAUGGUGAAAGGAAGAUGUUAGAUAACACAGCCCUUCCUUUGCGACUUGAAAGGGACAAUGAUCCUCGAUUGCUGACCUCUCCAUUGAAGUUUCCAGGAAAGUUGGCAGUGGAUGUGCUGAAUAAUAGACUGUUCAUUUCAGACAGUAGUCACAACCGCAUUGUUGUCACUGAUCUGGAUGGCAACUACAUUACCCAAAUAGGGAGCUCAGGAGAGGAGGGUUUACGUGAUGGUAGUUUCGAUGAUGCAACUUUCAAUAUGCCUCAGGGCCUUGCUUAUAAUGCGAAAAGAAAUGUGCUAUAUGUUGCAGAUACUGAAAAUCAUGCUUUGAGGGAGAUCGAUUUGGUCAAUGAGAUGGUUCGCACACUUGCUGGUAAUGGAACAAAGGGCUCUGAUUACAGAGGGGGAGGAAAAGGAAACUCUCAGCUACUUAAUUCUCCAUGGGAUGUCUGCUUUGAUCCUGUAAGAGAGAAGGUCUAUAUAGCAAUGGCUGGUCAGCAUCAGAUUUGGGAACACAAUCUGGCUAAUGAAACCACCAUAUCUUUCAGUGGUGAUGGUUAUGAAAGAAACUUAAAUGGUUCGAGCCCUAUGACCACGUCAUUUGCACAACCUUCUGGAAUGUCUUUAUCUCCAGAUAUGAAGGAGGUGUAUAUUGCUGAUAGUGAGAGUAGCUCUAUUCGAGCUCUUGAUCUCAAGACAGGAGGAUCAAGAUUGCUGGUUGGUGGUGAUCCUAUAUUUUCUGACAAUUUGUUCAAGUUUGGUGACCAUGAUGGUAUAGGUGCAGAAGUACUACUUCAACAUCCAUUGGGUGUCUGUUUUGGAAAAGAUGGCCAGGUUUAUAUUGCAGAUUCUUAUAACCACAAGAUAAAGAGGCUUGAUCCAUCGAAUAAACGAGUCUCUACUAUAGCUGGGACUGGAAAAGCUGGUUUCAAGGAUGGCAAAUCUCUAGCAGCUCAGCUUUCAGAACCAUCAGGACUUGUUGAAGCAGGCAAUGGAAAACUCUUGAUAGCUGAUACCAACAACAGUAUAAUCCGAUAUAUGGACUUAAACCAAGGAGAAUCUGUACUUUAUACAUUAGAGUUGAAGGGUGUGCAGCCUCCUGCUCCAAGGGCCAAAACCAUGAAACGUCUGAGGAAGCGAUUAUCACCUGACACACAGAUUGUCAUGGUGAAUGGUGGUCCAUCAACUGAGGGUAACAUGUACCUUAGGAUAUCAGUACCUGAAGGGUACCAUUUCUCAAAGGAAGCUCGCAGUAAGUUCAAUGUAGAGACACAGCCAGAUGAUGCAGUUGUUAUUGAACCCUUGGACGGGACUCUCAGCCCAGAAGGAUCAGCCACACUCCAUUUUACAAGAUCCACCCCUUCAGGUUCCUUGGGAAGAAUAAAUUGCAAGGUCUAUUAUUGUAAGGAAGACGAAGUUUGUCUGUACCAAUCAUUAGCUUUUGAAGUAAAGUUCGAAGAGGAAAUUUCAGGAUCAUCUCCAGCAGAAAUAACUCUACAGUACCUUGUGAAACCAAAAGGCGCAAGUAAUAGCCUACAGUUACCAGCUACAUCAUGAUGCAAUCCUCCCUAUGUUCAAUUGUACAUCAGUAUAUAUGCUAUACGGUUUCCGGUUCUUCUGCCCUUAACUCAGAGUAUAUAUAGAACAUUAAAUUGGUAAAGCUAUUAUUUGAAUUAUAUAUGUGGGCUGUUAAUUUAUUGUAAGAUAUAAAAAACCAGUCCGCCAAGAUAGAAAUAAAAUUUCCUCGUUGAUUUUGUACCAGAA